AUGGCUGAUGAUGAUGUUCUAGACGAAGAAGAUGAGGCAGUAUCAGAGACUCCAGAAGAAACAGUACCUACGGUAAAACCUCUCCCGCCUCCGCUAUAUGAAGUGCGACCUGGACUUGGACAAAAGUUUCAAGCAGCGAAUGUAAAGGACAUAAUUUUGACUACGAUGCAACAACAAUUAAUGGGCCGGCAAUACCGUGCCGACCAGGCCCCGCAGUGGGCGAAGACAAUUGCCAAUGGAGUGAGACAGAGAGUGCAGGAGCUUGAUAUGAAAAGGUAUAAAAUUCUAGUACAAACGACGCUAAUAGAAAUGAAGGGCGCGGGAGUUAAAUGUGGUCAGCGGUGCAUCUGGGACCCAGAGACUGACGACUAUAUCGACGACUCGUACAAGAACGAUACUAUAUACUGUUAUACCAUUGUCUAUGGAGUUUAUAUGUAUUGA